AUGAAGAUCACUUUCAAGGACCUGAAGCAGAACAAGUUCGUCAUUGAGGCCGAGCCAUCGGAAACAAUUGGCCAACUCAAGUCGAAGAUUCAGGCAGACAAGGGCUGGGAAGUGCCCCAGCAGAAGCUGAUAUACUCUGGCAAGAUCCUCCAAGAUGCGAACACGGUCGAGUCGUAUAAUAUCGAAGAGAAGGGCUUCAUUGUCUGCAUGGUCUCCAAGCCUAAGCCUUCUGCCGCCUCGUCAAGUAAAGCAGUGCCCUCCACACCUGCCCCAGCGGCAGCCCAGACGCCCGCAGCGCCCGCAGCACCGGCUCCCUCAUCGACCAACACCCAGAAUGCCCCCGCCACACCUUCUCCCGCUCCGGCACAGCAAGCGUCCGAUCCCUCGCGUCAAUUCAACGACCCUUCGGCCCUCACUAUGGGUGGCGAGCGCGAGGCCGCCGUUGCCGAUAUGGAGAACAUGGGAUUUGAGAGGGCAGAUAUUGACCGGGCAAUGCGCGCGGCCUUUUUCAACCCGGACCGUGCUGUCGAGUACCUCCUGAAUGGUAUUCCAGAGGGCGCACUCCAAGAGCAGCAACAGGCUGCUCAAGCCCGUGCACCCACCUCUCCCCCACCCGCUACCGGCGGAAACACAGGUGCAACCGCUGCGCCUUCUGGGGGUGACGAGCCGAUAAAUCUCUUCGAGGCCGCUGCCCAAGCUGGUCAGAAUCGCGGAGGGUCUGGUGGUGCUCGCCCGGGUGGGACGGGAGGUGGUGCCGCUGCCACCGGUGCUCUUAAUGCCAACAGCCUCGACUUCUUGCGUAACAACCCGCAGUUCCAGCAGCUACGACAGGUCGUACAACAGCAGCCGCAAAUGCUUGAACCCAUUCUACAGCAAGUCGGAGCAGGCAACCCUCAGUUGGCACAGAUGAUAGCUUCAAACCCAGAACAGUUCCUGCAGUUACUUGCUGAGGAUGCAGACGAGGAUGCGCCGCUGCCCCCCGGUGCUCAGGCCAUUUCUGUCACCGAGGAGGAGCGAGAGGCUAUUGAGCGCCUGUGUCGCCUUGGCUUUGAGCGCGACCUUGUCAUCCAGGCCUACUUUGCGUGUGACAAAAACGAGGAGCUAGCCGCCAACUUCCUCUUUGAUCAGCCCGAGGAUCCAGAGGACCAGUAG